AUGUCGGAACAAAGCGAUGAAUCGAAGGAAAUGCUCGGCGAGUACGAUCGGAACCUUUUGGAGCAGCUAGUUGUGAAUGAUUGGGGCCUUAAUGCAGCGGCAUACAAAAGAAUGGUUUAUUGCGGUAUUGACGAGGUCAGUUUGGUACUGAUCGAGGACACGGAAAUCAACGAACUGUUCAGCGAUCCACGACUGCUCGGUCAGAAGAUUCUCUUCAAACAUCGGCUCCGACAGUGGCGUCAGGAUCAGCAAAGCUUCCUUAGCAAUAUUGCCGCCCACAUUGCGCUGCCGAACGGAAAUGGUACCGCGGCCGGAGGGACUGUACCGCGCGUACAGCUACACCCGGCACUUAAUGGCGCAACACCGUCCAACACGUACAAACGCAAAUAUCCAUUCGAAGCCGAUCACACAGUGUCGCAUUCGGCUCUGGCACCCUCGGACGAUGAUGUCGUGAGCGUCAAAACCGAUCACGACGGUGCUACAAGCAACGGGAAUGGAUCGAAGCGGCGAACAACGGACCGGGACUCGCCGCUUAUCUUGCCGCCCACCUAUACGGCCGCUUCACUUUCGCUCAUACAACCGUUGGUGAAGCGCAAGAUUGAACCACCAACGCUAAAGGAACGAACGUCCGGUGCAAUUGGUGAUAUACCGGUGCGCAUCGAUCGCGACAGCAUGUUGCGGCUGUUGCAAUCGUCCCAGUCCGGCCAUUGGAUACUGAACAGCUACAAACCGAACGAACCGCUGGAACGACGGGGCCAAACGAUCAUAACGCAUCUGAUCGUUGACCAGUUUCUGCACUUUAACAUACUGUUCAAGCAUCGAAUGAUGAGCCAUUAUGCGGAUGUGAUAACGCAGCUGUUCCCGGCGGAGCUGAAGGAAAUUUACUACGCGCCGAGAAACACGGUCAAGCGCAACACGUCCGGGAAGCUGUUUGACCGGUACACGAACCAACGGUUGCGGCACAAGGAACGGCUCCCGCGCGUGAAACCCUUCGUCGCAGACGAAUGGACGGAACACAAAACGUUCGCGGAGCUGGCGAUCCUGAAUGAGGCUAUGCAAGGAGUACGGAGUGCGGCUACCACGGCGAAUGGGGACGAUGCGACUGGCAGUGAGGAUGGCAACAUUAGCAACGAUUUUCUGCAACCACUGGCAACGAUGUACGUGGAGGGUGAAGAUCACCCGGCGGCUAAUGAUGGUGGUGGGGCGGUUGAUUACUCCACGCGCGAGGAAUGGAAGUGUGGGAAUAGUGAUAUGCAACAGGAAUGACGUGCCAAAUUGAGAUAUUAGGAGGAGUCCUGGGAUUAUAGAAUUACCAGAUUGCUUAUUCACCCGUUAAACGCCACCUGAGGAUCGACGUUAGGCUUUUCUAGAUUGCGCUUUUUCGUACGGAAAAUUCUACAUGCGUUGAUAAAUUUCGUCGCAAACAUCAUGCGUAACUUUUAACGAUGUCACAUACGGGUGUGUUGCGUAAAUUUUGUUGCUCAAACGUGCGAAUCAUGAAGUUUAAUGAGUCUUUUUAAAUGGAAAGUAAUUUCUCAUGUUUACGGCUUCAUCAGUGCUAGCUAUAAAACUUUACAAAAUUAAAGUAAUUUAUUGAACGAUUGUGAACAAAAGAUGCGCGGUUUUUAAGGAAAAGAAUAUAGAACCUUUUCUCUUUUUUUAUACGUUUAUACGCUGCUUGUGGCACUUUUAUUUAUGAGUAAGGAUUUAAACUUCCCUUUUUUGGCCUUUCGACAACCAAAUCACAACAAACUGAAUCUUCAAUCGAGUGAUAAGAAGAGUGCAUGAUAAAAUAGAAUAUAUAUCGAAUACACGAUCAACUGUUGCCAUGCCUACCAAUGGUAACAGCGGUGUGGUGUGGAACGCAUGGAACUUCUCGGCGUUUAACGUUCUAAAGGAUUCGAACAAUAAUAUUAAGGAACCCCAACUCAUAGUGACUAAAACACAAUCAAAAUAAGCCAUUUUUUAAAUAGUGUCUUAGAAUAACAUUAAUUAGUAAGCCAAUUUGCUGUAGGUAAGGAUACAGUAAACAUCGAUCGUAUUCGUGAUUAC